AUGGGCAACCGCUUGGCGAGGCUGGCCACGCCCUGCUUCGCGCCGGCCGACGGUCACGCCGCGGACGACGCGCACCACUACACGGAUGCGGCGGGGACAGGAGCGGCGGAUGAUGGCACCGGCGUCUGCCACAUUCUCAGCUUAGACGGUCGCGAGGGGCGCAUCCACGGCGUGCUGCUGCCGUCGAACCAGUCCACGGUGGGCGGCUCCUUGUUCUUAAGCGACCGGGCGUCCUUCUCCGGCUUGUCGUCGUUCGACAGCUCCAACUCCUCGUUCCGGACGCUCCAGCCGCGGCAGUACUCGGGCCCGCUGGACAGCUACGGCGGCAGCAGCAGCAUCGCGUCGACGUCGACGUCUGCGACGAACUCGGGCGUGUCGUCGGUGUCGCGGCUCCCCUCGCGCACCGACGAGCAGAUCCUCGCGGACCUCUACGCCACGCGGCACCGGCGGCGGCAGGCGUCUUGCAAGUCCAGCCCGCUCCUCGGCGGCCUCCGCAGGGCCGUCGCAUCGGUGCUGCGCGCGGGGCCGUGCGUGUCCCCCGGCGGCGGGAAGGACCACGCCGUGGCAGUCGGCAACGGUGUGCCGGACGUCGGCGGCGGCGCGGCGAGGGUGCAGUGGGCUCGUGGGAAGGCCGGGGAGGACAGGGUGCACGUGGUGGUGUCGGAGGAGCACCGCUGGAUGUUCGUCGGCAUCUACGACGGCUUCAACGGGCCCGACGCCACCGACUACCUCGUCGCGCACCUGUAUGCGGCUGUGUGCCGCGAGCUCGACGGCGUGCUGCUGCGCAUGGAGUCUGAGGAGGAGGAGGAGGAGGAGGUGGCGGCGCGGUGCAACGGACGCGCUGGCGCGCGGGCGCGUGACCACGACGUGCUGGACGCGCUGGCCCGCGCCCUGAGGAGCACGGAGGCCGGGUACUUCGCGGAGGCGGAGGCGCGCGCGGCGGAGUGCCCGGAGCUGGCGAUGAUGGGGUCGUGCGUGCUGGUGGCGCUGGUGAAGGGCGCCGAUGUGUACGUGAUGAACGUCGGCGACAGCCGCGCCGUGCUUGCGCAGCGCGCCGAGCCCGACCUGUCGCGGGCCCUCGUCGGCGACCUCGCCGGCGUCAAGGAGGAGAUCAAGCGGCAGUUCGACGCGUGCGAGAUGGGGGACCUCGUAGCGCUGCAGCUCACCAUGGACCACAGCACCAGCGUCUACAAGGAGGCGAGAAGGAUCAGGAGCGAGCACCCCGAUGAUACCGACUGCAUUGUGAAUGGCAGGGUGAAGGGCUCGUUGAAGGUGACGAGAGCAUUCGGCGCCGGCUACCUGAAAGAGCCGAGGUGGAACAAGGCUCUGCUGGAGGUGUUCCGGGUGAAGUACGUGGGGACGUCGCCGUACAUCAGCUGCCGGCCGUACCUCCGGCACCACCGCGUGGGCCCACGGGACAAGUUCAUGAUCCUCGCCUCCGACGGCCUCUACGACUACCUGAGCAACGAGGAGGUGGUGGCGCAGGUGGAGGCCUUCACCGCCAGCUACCCCGACGAGGACCCCGCCAAGUACCUCAGCCACGAGAUCCUCCUCCGCGCCGCCAACCAAGCUGGAAUGGGGUUCCAUGAGUUGCUCGAGGUUCAGCAAGGCGACCGGAGGCGGUACCAUGACGACGUCUCCAUCAUCAUCAUCUCGUUGGAGGGGAAGAUUUGGAGCUCAUCAUAG